AUGUCUGCGUGCGAGGCAGGAGGCCAAUGGCGGGAAGCCAUGGAAAUCGUGGAGCGUUCGCGCAAAGUUACCGGUACGCCCACGCCCACCGUCUACAUCGCUCUGGUUCGGUUACUUCUGCGAUGCGGGCAGGCAGAGGCCGCCGCUGAUGUGCUCAACACGGCGAUAGUGGACGAUAGAGCCAGGAGGAUUCCCGGCCAGGUGGGGCUGGACGUGAUGAAGCAGCUCAUCGCCGGGAAAUGCUUCAAGAGGGUGCUGGAGGUCUACCGCAUGCUGCGCGUGCGUGGCUACAUCGGUCGGGGGAGGAAUAGCAGAGCGCGGUUGACGACGAUGGUCACCUGUUACGGGGCGCGGGCGGCCGAGGCGCUGAUCGCGUGGAGAGACGUGCAGGACAUUUAUCGCCUGUAUCUGGCGGACAGGGAGGCUUCCGGGGGUGGGGAGGACUGGGAGGGUCUCGGCCGGAGCCUGCCUUGCGUCGUGUUUCGGACCCUGUACAAGGCCAAGCACUACGAGGAGGCGCUGCCGUACCUAGAGGACGCGCUCUCCUCAAAGAAGUUCUGCAACACUAUCCUGAUUAACAUGGGCAUCAACUGCUUGGGGAAGACGAAGCGGUGGGAAGAGGCGGUCGCUGUCUUCGAGCGCAUGCCGACGGAACUCGGCCACGAGCCGGACUCGAUGACUCACGGCCUGGUCGUCAACUCAUUGGCUCUGAGCGGACGGACAGAGGAAGCAAUCGAGCUAUUCGACAGCAUGUGCAAGUCCACCAACCCCAUCUUUAAGAGCAACCCGCCCGCCUUGACGGCGUGCCUCAACUCCGCCAUCAACGCCUGCGACAUCGCCGGGAGGUGGGAGGAUGCGUUGGAUUUGGCGCGUCGCGCGGAAAAGGCCGGUGUCAAGCCGGACAUGAUCAGCUACAGCACGCUGAUGAACACGCUGUGUCACGCGGGCGAGUGCGGGCGGGCGCUGGAGGUAUUCCGGAAGAUGAUCAAGAAGAAGCUGGAGCCAGGCCUGGUGUCCUGCAACUACGUGCUGACCUACUGCAGCAAGCACAAGGCGGGAAUGGUGGCGAUGGAGUUCCUCAUGGUCAUGAAAAAGGCCAAGCUCAAGGUCACGGCGGUGUCGUACAACGCAGUCAUCGCUGCGCUUUUCCAAGAAGAACAAUAUCACCUAGUGCUCGAGAUGUUUCGGGAGAUGCAGCUGUUCGGCCUCUCCCCCGACGGCUUCGCGAUCAAGCACUGCCUCCAGGCGUGCGACAUCACCGAGGCCUACGACGCCGCCGCCGGCGUGGUGCGUGGGCUGUGGAAGACGGGCACGCCGGUGGACGAACGCGCCUACACGAUAGCCUUUAGCGUGCUCGCUCGGGGGGCGUACAUCGGGGUGAUCGAGGACCUGAUGAACGACAUGGAGACAAGAGGCGAAACGCCCGGGGAGGGGUGCUACACGAGCCUCAUCACGGCUUACUGCAAGAGAGGGGAAUGGGAGCGAGCGCAGGCCCUGUUCGAGGAGAUGCAGCAAGCUCCCCCGGAGGAAAACAUUGCUCCUAACCAGUUCACCUACAACGCCCUGAUCAGCGUCUACACGUUCAGCGGCCGCCUGGACCUGGCCACCCAAAAGUUCACGGAGAUGGCUGAGGUUGGUCUCCAGUACGACAUUCGGACGUUCGUCAACAUGAUCCUGGGGUUCGCGAGAGAGGACAGGUACAAGGACGUGUUGGUGAUGUUCCAAGGCCUUGAGAACCUCUUGUCGGCCAACGCAAGAGACGGCAUCCUCGUGCAGCCCAGGAGCCAGACCGGCUACCGCAACUGCUACCACGAGACCCUCAAGGGUUGCGAGGUCGAGGGUAACUGGCAAAUGGCCCGGCGGAUUCUCAAGUCCAUGCACCUCCAGUCGAUGGACGUGGAUGUAGUGGCGUACGGAGCGGCCAUAGGCGCUUGCGGCCGGAAGGGCAGGUGGAAGGAGGCCCUCGAGAUUCUGAGGGAGAUGGAGGCCAGGGAUGACGUCACGGGCGGGGAGUGGCGGAAGGCCCUGCACCUGCUGCUCAAGAUGAUCAACUCGGGGAUCGAGCCGGACACCAUCGCCUACAACGCUUCUAUCAGCGCCAGUGCCAACUGCGGCGAGUGGCAGAUGGCGCUGAAGCUGUUCGACAGUCUCUUCAAGGCCGGCCUCAUCCCAGAUGCUAGGACGUACAGUGCGGUCAUGAUCGCGUGCUUCAAGGGGCACCAGUGGCAGAAGGCGAUGGAGCUGUUCCUGCGGAUGGUGAGCGAGGGCAAGCUGCCCAACAAGCAGACGAUCAACAUCCUCAUGGAGCUCCUGGACGAGGCGGGGAAAUUCUCCAAGCGGAAGGAUGACCGGUGUUGUGUACGGUGCGGGUUUUCCGUGCCUUGA